AUGAUUGAGCUGAUCAAAUCGGGUGAAAGUCCAAGACCUUGUGAUAUAGAAGAGCUGAUUAAUACGUAUGUAACCGAUUUGGAGCUCAUUUAUGCCAAACUUUGUGUGAACAGCACUGCCUCCUCCGAAGAUAUUUUCAGUGUUCAAAAGCACAUUAAGCCAACCGUGCUCGGUGAGCGAAGUCAGUCUCUUUUAAUCUGUUUUCUAAAAGUGCUUAGGAAGCACUCUUAUCUGUUAAGAGACCAUCCGCAUCUUUGGUUCCAAAGUGUGAUCAAUGAAGGGCCUCCUGAGCUAUCAUCUAGAGCCGCAACCAUCAUGGAAAACAGGCUUCCUACUGUACCGUACAUGAAAUACUUAGACAAAAAAGAAGAGAAUGGAGCAGUUCAAGCCCGAUUUUACUGUUCAGAUACGGUGGCAUGUUUUGAUGUUUCACCUGAUAUGGAUUACAUGGUGUGCGAAUGUCGUGAUGGAACAAUCCAUAUGUGGUCUCUUAAAACUGGCAACAUUGAAUGGAUACGACCCUCGUUAAUCAAGAGAGAAUAUCAUGGCGUGCAUCCUGACUACAGUCUAUAUUCCGAUGGUGGUGCCUAUCGUGGGAUAGAUUUUAAAGUUUUGACUUUUUACCGUUCUGUCGUUUUUCAUCCUAGUGGAAAGUAUGUCCUACCAGGUAGUCUCCGAAGUGUUUAUACUCUUGACGGAGAUUGUAAUUACCUUUUUCGACAGAGCAACUGCGUAUUCUCACAUUGUGCUUUUCCUAGAGAGAAAAGAAUAAUCUUAACAGACUGUUGUGAUGAUCCAAAGAAAGUAGUCUUGUGGAGUAUGGAAAAUGGUCAAGAACUAAAGAUCAUUGCUUGGAAAAAUGAUAUUACAGCUUUCGCCAUAUCCCAUGACGGGACACUUGUCGCUUUUGCCGACUUGCCUGGUUAUAUCUAUCUUGUUGAUGUGGACAAAUGGCAUGGACAAUAUUUGUUCAAGCGCAAAUACGCGGCGUGUGGUUUGUUACACUUCACAACAGACAAUGAGGCCCUUGUUUGUGGCUAUCUUCCUUAUAGAGUGGAAGACCUCGGAUAUCAUCAAUAUGGUUGGGCGUCUCAGAAGGAACCAAAGUUUCUCCUUUUGGAAUUCAAAGAAUGUCUCUCUUUUUCUUCAUCUUGUGGCUCUCCGUUCUUUCUUGAACGAAAGUUCUUCCUGUGGCCGAUUAAACCAAGGACACUGACGAAGAAUCAUCUUUCCGAUGACGGUUUGCGCUCAAUUUGGGUGGACAACGUCCGCCUUGUUUUUCCAUCCUUACCUGCAGGAUUCUACAAAAAACUGUCUACAGAAACAGCAUUGGUUGGUAGCCCAUCUCUCAAGUACGUCGUCGCAGUUGACCUUGACUUGUCGAACGACGUGAAUUCAGCUUCCACCCUACAAGUGGUCGAAAAAGUUGAACUUUGUUCUGAAGGAGACACGAUUUAUUGCGUUAGUUUAGAAGAAGAUGAGGACACUGGUAGAGUAAUACUAGUGACUGUUUACCGAAUGUCAACUCGAGAAGUCUUGGCGAAAAAGUUUUUCACCUGCCCAUCACUGUGUCUUGUUCCCAUGAAGGAAGGUGUUAUACUUUGUUUGAAGGAUCAAGUACCAGAGCUGUGGAAUUUUGAGCUGACCGAAUGUGUCCGACCUAUUGCCAGACUAACAGUGGCAGAAACUUCCGCGGAUCUACUUCCGGAAGAUGAGUCAGUGGAACAAGAUGUUGAUGAGUCUGUAGAUGAAGGAGAUUCAACAUUUUCUCAUAAUUCAUCAAAUUUAGACAUUUCAUUAGGUUCUAGUGAUAUUAACCAGGUUAUGAAUUGUUUAACAAUGUUAAUGAUUUCGAAUAGAUUUGAACUCUAUCGAAUGCUUGUUGUGGACAUCGUCAGUGUAACCAAUGGAGAGUGUGUAUCAUCUAUCAAGACAAGGGUUUGCCGCGGCGAAGAUGUACUGUUUAUCUCAUGCAAUAGUCAGAACCAGCUGCUAGUUUGUACCAUUGAGUUUGUAGUGGAACCCUCAAUUUCGGUAGAACAUUUCACAGUUAGUUUAAGAAACAACAACUUACCUAGGCGUGUAUGGGAAAGAAGCGAGAAACGUCUUGAAGGACCUUUUCAACCAUGCUUCAGGUUCUCCCCUGAAGAACAGUUUGUUACCACUUGGGGUUCCUUUUAUUCGGGUUAUGGCGUUCACAUUCUUGAUGCAAAAACCGGAGAAACACGCCAUAGCUUGUUGACAGACCAAGAUGACAUUGUUGACUGCAAGUUUGUUGUUAAUGACGAGUCUCUGGUUUGCUGCAGUAAGGACAACUUUCUGCGAUUGUUUAACAUCAGAUCUGGUGAUCUACUCAGCGUGCUAGACAUUGAAGAGCAACCCCAGUAUUUAGGAACCUGUCUGGACAAGCCUCUUGUCGCCAUUGGGUUGUUAGGCGCUAGACUGAAAUUCGUUCAUGUCGAGUUGCUGAGCGUUCAGGACGCUGAGGGGAAGACAGGUUCCCUGACCAAGCAGAAGUGAACUGGACCUGAUGCAUCCUGCACUUGUUACAGUCAGUUACUGGAACGGGAUUACUAUGCAGCACAGCGAGUUCAGGAACUGAUGGUUUGUUCUGAUGCCAGUUGAGUCUCAGCGACUCCGAAACAUGUAGAACAUGCUGCUGUACAUUUCAGAUGGAACUAUUUUAAGGACCUUUAUAUAUGAAAUCAUGUCCGACACAUCGAAGGUGUAAAGCUAUGUCAGCUAGGAUAGUCUGGUACCGGGUAAUGAACCUUGGUUUCACGAACUCGCAUAUAACGAACAAACAGAACUCAAAGACAUGACGAAUAAACCUCGUUGUUUCAGUCAUUUCUGAAGGCAUUGACAAGGUUUUUGUUUUUAGCUUUUUCGCAGCUGAUAUGCAUGGUUUUGGUUUGGUCAUUUUCUGGCAUUUGUUGGCACACGAUCUUAUAUAUUUCAUGUUUUUUUUUAUAAUCCCAAAUUUUAGUUGAUUUUCAUCCUGUUGAUUUAAGUACACGCUCUCUCAGUAAAUUUACAUAUGUUGCGGACGUUGGGAAAGUCUUUCGUGGGAACUUUUCCACACACCAAUCCCUUCUUUUGUUUGUUUUCUUGCGGAGUUUACUCACUUCCGAUUGGCUUUGUAGCUUUUCAGUCGGAAUUGUAAAGGACUUUUGUUCCAAGCCGGGUUGUUCGAAAGCCGGUUAACGCUAACCGAAGAUUAUAAAUUAACUGAACUAUUAAUUUUUCUUGUAUAAAAAUGUUUAUUUAUUGCUCACGUUUUGUGUAGUUUGAGC